AAGUUGUUACACUGUUCUGUCAUCAAACAGAAUCAGAACUUGAACCUAUCAUCAUCGUUGGAAAAAUAAAAGAUAUUUAAAAAAAAAAUUAAAAAUGCCACCAACGCCAAGGUCUGCAAAGGCUGCCCUCGAAGUCGAUCAACGAAAAUUGGCCGAUUUGGUGAAAUCAAACAGCGAUCUUUCCAUCCGGGGACAGAAAAAAGUCUGGGAGAAAAUAGCAGAUGAACUUAAAGCUCCAGUGGAGGAUGUUAAAAAAGCGUGGUCGAAAUUUCAAGAACAAGAAGCGGCGAAAAAAAUUAAGGAGUCCAAUAUGAGAAGGUCCUUGAGAAGUAGUACUCUUGAUACCAGCAAAGGUUUGCAAAAACCAGCCGAAUUUUGCAGACGAUCUCUGAGGUCAAGUUCAAUUGACAAAUCUAGUGUAACUGGGCCCUCUAACGACAACAGUUGCGCGAGCAGCACCUGCAGCUCACCUCCAAAGGCAGAGGAAAAGCGUUCAGUCAGGUCAAUUUCUCAAUUGUCUUCCAUUCUUGAGACGGAUUUAAUAUCCAUGGCUGCUGGAGAUGCGACUUUUAUUGGACUCGAAGAAUUAAAAGGUCCACAUCAGGAUCUCGACCAAGACCAGGAUCAGGAUCAGGAUCAAGAUGAAACUUUGAUCUCCAUUCAGGAGAGCAUGUUUUCAGAGCAAUAUGUAUCUGAUACAAAUGAUCGUUUUCAGCAAGAUUCAGGAACGGAGAGAAAUCUUCGACAUCGAUUUUCCGAGCCAGGACAUCCAACAUCAAAAAAGAUGAUUCAGACAUCUGUGAAUUCUUCCCCGAGACGUGGAUCAAUCAACAAUAACAAAAAUAAUAAAAAUAAACGCAGCCCUAAUCCGACCGAUUCAACGAGAUCUUUUUUUGACAGCAUGGCCCUGACUGUGGCCACUUUUCCUCAACACCUGCAAGCUCAAGUGAAAGGUCAAGUUUGCAAAAUCAUCUCUGACACUGAGUACGAUUUUUCAUUGCCCCAGGUGCCCUAAUCGAAUUUGAGUCUCCUGGGACGGAUUUUUAAACAUUGUCCCUCGAAUUGUUCGUUUUAGAUUAUUUUGAUUCGAAAUGAGCUUGCGGGCGACCCUGAAGCUUCACUAAAGCUUCUUGAAACCGUGCCAAAAAUGUUGCACUCGUAAAAAAAGGUGUCAGUUUAAUAGUGAAAAGAAAAUAGAAGAGAAGUGGGGAAUUUCAAUUCAUUUCUUUUACAAUCUUUUUCGAUUAAAAAAGGGUUAAUUAGGGCUUUAAGAAACUUUCAAAAAUUAAUUAAUAUGAGCUAAUUUCCCUAGAGAAGGUCUUUGGAGAAACUUUUUAAUUGGCUUUGCGAAAUUUGAACAAAUUUUCGAUUAUGUAAACAUGCUUUUGGACAAUUAUUUUCGAAAGGUGAUAACAAAAAACAAAAUUUGCUAAUUUUGUUAAACAAUGCACAUUUUGGCUCGGGCGCGGUCAUAAAUUAUCUGCAACUGGCAAACGUUGUAUAAAAGCUGAUUCAUUUAACUUCAGAUUUGUCUCAAAGCAUAAACUUUAAUUAGAACUGCACAGACUUUAUGUAACCCCAAUAUCUUGCUCUUAAAUUGAUGCCUUAUGCAAUCAUUCUUAAAAAAUUCCCGCAAGCUUUUUCCAAACUUGUUAAAAGUUUUGUAACUUUCUUCGGUUCUUUUUAACAUUUUUCUCUAAUUUCAUUUUUGGUUCUUUAUUUUUUGUUUUUCUCAUUUUCGUACGAGACUUGCGUUUAGUUCAACUUGGAGAAUUAAGCUCCACUUUUACAACGAUUAUACGCUGAUUCAUGGCUUGUACGUUUUUCGAUUUAAAUAAUAAAAUUAAAAAAUUUAUUCUUUA